UCCAUAAUGGACCGCGAGGAUUCCUCAGUAUCAAAAUCCUCGGUGGAUAUGCCAAUGGCUGAGGGUCUGGAACCAACAAAACCCGUUGGAUUUUUCAAACUUUUUCGUUUCUCGACGAAAUGGGAAAUAUUUCUGCUCCUUAUUGGCGUUGUGAUGUCAACGAUAAAGGCGUUAACUCUGCCCGCCGUUGUUAUUAUCUAUAGUGAGUUUACAGCUAUGUUGGUCGAUCGAACCUAUCGCAUUGGAACCAGUUCAAAGGUAUAUGCCUUACCUCUGUUUGGAGGUGGUAAAUCACUGACAAAUGCCUCUGUCGAAGUAAACAAUGAAGAAUUAUACAACGACUCUAUUUCCUAUGGCAUUCUACUUACUCUAGCCUCAUUGGUUAUGCUCAUAUCGGGUAUAUUUUCGGUGGAUAUCUUCAAUAUUGUGGCACUGCGUCAGGUGACACGGAUGCGCAUGAAAUUAUUCCAGUCGGUAAUGAGGCAGGAUAUUGGUUGGCACGACUUGGCAUCGAAACAAAACUUUGCACAAAAUAUGACUGAUGAUGUAGAAAAAAUUCGCGAUGGCAUAUCCGAAAAAGUCGGUCACUUCCUAUAUCUAAUAAUUGGAUUUCUCAUAACAGUUGGCAUAUCAUUUGGCUAUGGCUGGAAACUAACCUUGGCGGUUAGUGUUUAUAUACCAAUUGUCAUUGUUAUGAACUAUUUUGUGGCCAGGUUCCAAAGUAAAUUAACCACCAAAGAGCAGGAUUCGUAUGCCAGUGCUGGUAAUUUGGUUGAAGAGGUCUUGAAUGGCAUACGCACAGUGGUGUCUUUCGGUGGCGAGGAGAAGGAAUCGAAACGUUACGACAAUUUCUUAGUCCCCGCCCGCAAGGCCAGUCAAAGAAAAGGUGCAUUCUCCGGCUUCAGUGAUGGUGUUUUAAAAAGCAUGCUUUUUCUAUCGUGUGCGGGUGCUUUUUGGUAUGGUGUUAAUCUGAUUUUAGAUGAUCGCGAUGUUGAAGAUAAGGAAUAUACACCAGCCAUUUUGAUGAUUGCAUUCUUUGGUAUUAUUAUCGGUGCUGAUAAUAUAGCCCGUACCUCGCCCUUUUUGGAAUCCUUUUCAAUGGCCCGUGGUUGUGCAGCGACAAUUUUCAAAGUUAUCGAUGCCCAAUCAAAAAUCGAUCCCAUGUCAACAGAUGGCAAACUACUCAACUAUGGGUUGAGGGGAGAUGUGGAAUUGAUAGAUGUUUUCUUCAGAUAUCCCUCACGUCCAGAUGUCAUUGUGCAUCGCGGCUUGAGUAUCAAAAUCAAAGCCGGCACAACCGUGGCAUUGGUGGGAACUUCGGGCUGUGGCAAAUCGACGGUGAUACAAUUGCUACAACGUUUCUAUGACCCCUUGUUCGGUUCGAUUUUGUUGGAUGAUUUGGAUAUACGGAAAUAUAAUAUUCAAUGGUUGCGUUCGAAUAUGGCAAUUGUGGGUCAAGAACCGGUACUUUUUAGGGGCAGUAUUGCUGACAAUAUUAGCUAUGGCAAACCAAAGGCUACACAAAAGGAUAUUGAGGAAGCAGCCAAAGCUGCUGGAGUUCACGAUUUCAUAUCAAAACUACCGGAUAGUUACAAAACCGUUAUUGGUGAGCGUGGUUCCCAGCUAUCAGGUGGACAAAAACAAAGAAUUGCCAUUGCUCGGGCACUAAUACAGAAUCCCAAAAUAUUAUUACUCGAUGAAGCGACCUCCGCCUUGGAUUAUCAAUCUGAAAAACUAGUCCAAGAGGCCUUAGACAUGGCCUCAAAAGGACGAACCACAAUUGUCGUUUCACAUCGAUUAUCUGCCAUACGCGGAGCCGAUAAAAUCGUUUUCAUACACGAAGGUAAGGUGAUUGAGGAGGGUUCGCAUGAUGAUCUAAUGGCUUUGGAAGGUGCCUAUUACAAUAUGGUUAAGGCUGGUGAAAUAAAUACCCCUGAACCAGAUAAUAUGGAAGAUAUUGAUGAAGCAAAACGAAAUAGCUUAGCAAUUUAUGAAAAGUCUUUUGAAACUAAUCCCGUCAAUUUGGAAAAGAACUACAAACAUAGUUUUCAAAUGGAAGAAACCGAUUUGAGGGGCCAUGCAGUGAUAGAAGAGACAACAAUGCCGCAAGAUGAACCAGAAUCUAAACCUAAUUUCUUCCAGACUUUUGGACGCAUUUUGAAAAUAGCACGACCCGAAUGGUGCUACAUUGUUAUGGGUUCCAUCUGUGCUAUUGGUUUUGGUUUUACUUAUCCCGGAUUUUCCAUUGCCUUUGGUGAAUUUUAUGCCGCCUUGGCAGAAGAAGAUCCACAAGUGGCUUUAGAUCGUACAGCAAUAUUGUCGAUUUGCUGUUUGGUCAUUGGCGUACUCACAGGCCUGGCUUGUUUCCUGCAAACAUAUCUCUUCAAUUAUGCCGGAGUUUGGUUAACUACCCGAGUGCGCUCGAUAACAUUUAAGACCAUUAUGCGCCAGGAAAUGGCUUGGUUCGAUAGAGACACCAACAGUGUGGGAGCGUUAUCAGCACGAUUGUCGGGUGAUGCAGCCGGCAUUCAAGGAGCCAUUGGCUAUCCUCUUAGUGGCAUUAUACAGGCUUUCUCAAACUUUGUAAUUGGCCUGACAUUGUCGUUCUACUAUUCCUGGAAACUGGCCUUGUUAUGCCUCAGUACAUGCCCAAUUAUUGUGGGUUCUGUGAUAUUCGAAGCGAAAUUUAUGACCACAUCCAUGAUCAGAGAAAAAGUGGUAUUGGAGGAAGCAUGUCGGAUUGCCACUGAGGCGAUUGCCAACAUACGCACAGUGGCUGGCCUACGUCGAGAACAACACAUCAUCGACAGAUACAAUCAUGAGAUACGUCAUGUCGAAAAGCUUAUUCGACAAAAGCUCAAAUAUCGUGGUAUUAUAAAUGCCACCGGCCAGGCCUUCCUUUUCUUUGCCUACGCUGUGGCUCUUUGUUAUGGGGGUGUUUUGGUAUCAGAAGGCAAAAUUCCGUUCCAGGAUAUUAUUAAAGUUUCUGAAACCUUGUUAUAUGGAUCUAUGAUGUUAGCCCAAUCAUUAGCUUUUGCACCAGCAUUUACCGCAGCUUUGGUGGCUAGUCAUCGUCUAUUCCAAAUAUUGGAUCGUAAACCGCAGAUCACCAGUGCCGUUGUACCAGCCAAGAAUACCUUUGCCAAACAAUUAAAUCUUUUCGAAGGCAUUCGUUACAGAGACAUAGAAUUCCGCUAUCCAACCCGUUUGAAUGUUAAAAUUCUAAAUGGUUUCAAUCUGGAAGUGCUGCAGGGUAAAACAGUGGCUCUGGUCGGGCAUUCCGGUUGCGGCAAGUCGACAUGUAUACAAUUGCUGCAACGUUAUUACGAUCCAGACAAUGGAACAAUUCACAUAAACAACGAUGACAUCCAAACAGAUUUGACGUUAGACAAUCUACGCAGCAAAAUUGGAAUUGUUUCACAAGAGCCCACAUUAUUUGAACGCACCAUCGCUGAAAAUAUUGCCUACGGCGACAAUACAAGGGACGUUUCAAUGCCUGAGAUAAUAGCAGCGGCCAAAAGUGCCAAUGCCCAUUCGUUUAUUAUGGGCCUUCCGAAUGGCUAUGACACUAAAAUGGGUGCUCGUGGCACCCAAUUGUCUGGAGGACAAAAGCAACGUAUUGCCAUUGCUCGUGCCUUGGUGCGUAAUCCCAAAGUACUGCUACUGGACGAGGCGACAUCAGCUUUGGAUCUGCAGAGUGAACAGCUGGUACAGCAGGCUCUGGACGUGGCCUGUACUGGUCGCACCUGCAUUGUGAUCGCCCAUCGAUUGUCCACCGUACAAAAUGCCGAUUUAAUCUGUGUCGUUCAAAAUGGACGCAUUGUUGAACAAGGCACACACCAUCAGCUACUGGCCAAGGAUGGUCUCUAUGCCAAACUCCAUAAGACUCAAAAGGAACAUUAG